CCACGCCAUCCGGUCUCCGAACGGUUCCACCGGUCGGUUUGGACUCGUGGACUCGUGGUGUUCCAGCAGCUGGGCUCCAAGACAACGACCUUCGCACCCACUCGCUGCCGCAGACACUGGUCCUAUGGCGCCCUUGGUCGCAGAGGCCGCCUUUGAGGUCGCGGCCGCCGAAGUGAAUGCUACGAAGAAGUCUCGGGCUGCCUCUCCAGCACCCAAGGCAAAAGAGGGCAAGGAAGAGAGUGCCAAAGUCGCAAGCCCUAGCGCUGAGAAGACUUCAAAGGCCAAAGGUGCUGAGACUGCGAAGACUGAGAAGGCGGAGAUUGAGAAGAAGCCUCACCGAUUCAGCAUCCGUGCAACCAUCGGCAUUGUUACUUUGCUGGUGGUGCUGGUGACCUUGUGCUUCUUCAUGCCAUCUCCCUUGAUUUUGCCAUCUACCGUCUACCUGAUGAUUGGGGGGCUGAUUGUUGCUACGAUUGCUUUGGCAGCGGGAAUCGCUCUGGCAGUGAAGAAGUUUAAGUUCUCCAUUGCCAGCAAGAAGGAGUCAUGAAAAGUGAUGGCUUCACACGAAGUCGUGUACAAUAGGUUCUCUCAAGGAUUGAUGCUUGACAUGGGUGCAGGAUGCAAGUACAGGAUGUCAAUCCGAGUGAAGGGGAGGGCCACUUAAUUCGUGCAUUGGGCCUUCGUGCCAUGUGUGCGGCAUGGUUGGGCCACCAGCCGUGCCGCAGACAACUGUGCAUAGUACUGUUGGUUGAUGAACCCCUGCGCCAUUAUCGACGCCAACACCUCUUCAGUUUGAGAUUUACCCCUCUUGAAUACACAUAAAUCACACAAGUGGCCUCCCAUGUGUCGAUGAAAAUCCAAAGAAUUGUUCGAGUGUGGGUACUUUCAAAGAGCGGAGUUCUUUUCAAGGAGCGGAGUUCCCUACACCCGACAUACCUUGCUUGCAGAGCUUCUUGCGCGCAAGCGCGAAUCACAAACAUGGGCGGUGCUCGACCCAGCAGAUUUCGGUGUGCUCCGCGCAGGGUAAAAGCUCCGCGCGCGUGGGCGGGUGGAAGCGAAAUACUGGGUGGAAAUUUCACCAAUUCAAGAUGUUAGGUGUUCUUGACGAGUUCUUGACUGUCCG